CAUUUCCCCUUUCACUGUAUCCACACUCCUUCUUCUCUACCUUCUUUCUCCCUUUCUUCUCUUCCCUACUUCCCUCUUCUUCCUCUCCUCUUCUCUUUCCUUCACCACUCUCCUGCCCUUUCUCCCCGAAGGGGUGGAGUUUUGAUCACACUCUCACAGUCAUCAUCUUCAUUUUUGUUUUUUUCUUAAAAAAAGAAAGAAUAACCCAUGGAUACUCCUGGCUGUUGUAUUGGAUAAUUGUUGUUGAAAUCAGUCCUGUGCAUUAGAAUUAAGUCUUCAUUUAAUCUUUAAAAACGUCCAUUGCAGUGCAGGCAAAUGUAUGUGCACGUUCACAUAAAAGCGAGUUCUCUGAAACUGAAUUUAAUAAUUUCAGCCUGGUCUGAUAAUGGCCAGAUUGUCUGCAGAUAUAUUUAGAAGGAAGUGCUGCUUAAUUCAAAGUGAUUUACAGUCUGGUAAAUGUACCUUUUACUGCAGCCAGAUGUGACCUAAGUUAACUUUGUAAGUAAUUCCCCCAGAAUUUAUUUAAAUUCUCUGGCAAAUGAGCAAAUGAACUCAGCUUUAGCUUCAUUUGGCUACUGUCCAGCCUCAAGGGAAUGGCUUGAUGCCUGUCAUAAGCCAGUGAGAUUAUUGAUGCCAUGGUAAUGCCCAAACAAGAAGCAUAAAGAACCUGAAUGUCAUGAUAUGACAGCAGAUCAGAUUCUUAACUCUGAAUCCAGGAAGUCAGUUGUAGUGAAGACAGACAAACAAAUAAUGGGAAGGAAGAGGGAAGGGCGAAGGGUGGAUGGAAGAGAGGAAGCUGGAAAUGGGACCUUAGAAAGAAAUGAAUCAAUAAGACUUCAAGUUCAUCCUGGUCUCCUUCCUUGCUCCUUAUUCUAUCAAGGAAGAUGGCAUAUUCAAAUUGUACGUGGGUGUUUCAUUCAGAACCAACCAGAGAAUCUCACAAGUGGCCUGACUUCAGAAGAUCUGGGAAUUGGGGUCUGCAAAGGAUCCAGAAGAAAGAAGUCUCAAGCAGACCCCUGCAGAACUAUCAAGAGUACCUUCACAGACUCUUGGGCUCUGAAAAAGCUUCCUAUUUUUUGAAUCCACCUACCACAAAGAAACCAAUUAGCCCACGAGUGAGGCGCCUGCUGGCGGCUGGUAUCGAUAUGGGGGCUGAGGAGGUGUGGAGGGCCCUUCACGAAGAACCCAAGUGCCAAUACGAGAUUACAGCAAGUUCAAAAGGCCGUUCGCUCUCGGAGCAGGUACCUUGGCUGGGACGCCCUGCGACCACCCACAGGCUACGGCAAGUGGCUUGCUGGCAGCAGCAGCUGUGUGCAAUGCAUCGUUUGGGGAAGCAGCACCAGUAUGCAGCCCUCUAUCUCCUGGCCACAAAUCAACCGCCUGACCUCAACGACUCCUAUGGGACUGAAGGGCCAACCCGCUACUUCCACACUACUUUGAGUAAGAAACAGAUGUCAUCACCUGGCAUCAACCCUUCUAGGACAUGCUGCUAUUCCAGUGGCAAGAGAAAAACAUGGGAGCAAUUUUCCUGACACUUGUGCGCGGGAUGCAGAGGGGAUCUUGCCAUCCCCCAGCAGACACCCUGAACGAGGAAGGGUGUCUCAACCCUGUGUUGGAAGAGGAUCAAGAGUUCUUGAUGGAUCGUUCCUUCAGGACUGUCUAAUGCUGCCUUCUGCCCACCACAGCAAAGCUGCAAGUAGUCCUCAACUUACAACUGAUUCGCUUAGUGACUGAAGUUACGAAACAACCCCCAAAAAGGAACUCAUGAUCCCAAUUUGAAGUUCCACCUCUCCCUGUGAUCAUGUGAUCACAUUUUGGGCACUCAGAAACUAGCUUGCAUUUAUGACCGAUUGCAGCGUCCCACAGUCACAUGACUCUGAUUUACAAUGUGUUUUAGCUGGAAAUUGGCAUUUACGUCCAGUUUCCAGCAACAACAACAAAAAAAGAAAUAAAAAUCACCCACUGGCUAAAAUCGGUUCACUUAACAACUGCUGCUGCAAAAAAAGUUGUAAAAUCAGACACAGUCAUGUGAUGACCCAGCACGACCUAACAAUUGUAAUUCCAGGCUCAGUUAUGAUUGUAAGUUGGGGACCACCUGUACUUGUUAUGCUGAAUGAGUCUCUACAUUUGGACAUGUUUUAGUCAAAACAGCUGCAUGGAACAGAGGGCCUGGACCAGUUCUCCUCCUGCACUACUUGAAAAUCACCCUCCUCCUCUUUCAGUAAUGAAAUCAGUAAUGAAAUCAGUAUGAAAUCAGAGCUAUCACUCUGUCUCUGGGUGUGUUUGAUUGGUAUCCAUGGAAAAAGGAAUCUGACCUGUGUCACCUCUUAGAAGUGUAUUUGCACAGCAUGAUGGGAGCACCUCCCUGUACUAGCAGGGCUCAAUCAGUGAUGACCUAGCUUGGAAAAGGCACAAGUAAUGCCCUCUUCUUAGCUGCCACAAAAAAGGCUGGAGGGUUCUUGACAAUGAACAAUAAUAUCACAAUGGCACAAUAAGAGUCGACAUGAAGAUGGGACGGUUUCAUUGGAUGGAAGCACCCAUCAAGUAAGGUAGAAGUGGUGAACCAUGGUCCCUUUAUGACUUGUGGACUUCUACUCCCAGAAUUCCUGAGCCAGCCAUGCUGGCUCAGGAAUUCUGGGAGUUGAAGUCCACAAGUCAUAAAGGGGCCAUACUUCUCCAUUCCUUCAUUUGCUUCCUUGCCAGAAAUGCUCUGCCUGCUGAUCCUCUCCAUCUAUACCAUUACUCAUAUGUCUGUAAAUCACGGGUAUCAAACUCGCCACGUCACGUGACGUGUCGCAACAUAUCACAACUUUUUUUGCAUUGCUGGCAAUGGGCUGGGCGUGGCUUCGGUAUGAUGAAACCGGCCUCCAGGCCGGCAG